GCUAGGUCUAACAACAAACGCGUUGUGGCAGUAGCAAAAACCCGAUCACCACGUGUGACCCAGUUUUUUUACCGACAUCCCACUCCUACUAGUGUACUAGGUACUUUGUGUUUUGACUUAAAGAAAAAAAAUUAAGUUAGUGCCUUAACUCCAAAAAGACUGACAUACAAAAAAAAAACUCUUUUCAAAAAAUAAUAGUGAACUAGAGGACGUGAUAUACUCUGUGUGAUAGUAGAUACUAGAAGCUUAAUUUAUUUUAUCAUUAAUAAUAUUAUUUGAAUACUGACUCAAUAAUCAUGCCAGCUCCAGUGGAAGAAACCAAUAACAACCACAUCCUGGAUACCGCCAACGAGGAAAAUCUGGAAGACUUGAUACCAUCAUCCAAAAAUCUUGAUCCAAGAGACUCUAUCUCAUCAAUUGAUAGCGAUGUAAGUCUUUCUUAUGACCGUAAAGGUAGCCUCGAAGACUCCCAAAUCGCUGAAAACGAAGAUGAAGGUGCUCAUAUGGCAGACUUAUCCGAUAGCUCUUCUGACAAUGGCUCUGCAGGAGGCGGCAAAGAUUCUGGAUGCGAAGUUACUCCCGAAGUUACCGAACCACCAUUCAAUCCUCCAAGUGACGAAUUAGCCGACAAAAUCUGUCAGCAAGUCGAAUUUUACUUUUCUGAUGCUAACAUUACUAAAGAUGCCUUUUUACUGAAACACGUGAAAAGAAACAAGGAAGGAUACGUUUCUUUGAAGUUGAUCUCUAGCUUCAAGAGAGUGAAGCAUCUAACAAAAGACUGGAGAGCUGUUGCUCACGCUCUAAAACGCUCAAAUAAGUUAGAGAUUAACGAAGCCGGAACUAAACUUAGAAGAUUAGAACCUCUUCCUAAAUACGAUGAAACUACACCAUCGAGAACAGUAGUGGCUGUUCAUAUGCCCAUCGACAAACCAACCAUCGAAAAUGUAGCUGAACUUUUCAAAAAUUGCGGUGAAAUUGCUCUAAUUAGAAUUCUAAGACCUGGAAAUCCAAUUCCAGCAGACGUAAGACAAUUCAUCAACAAAAAUCCAUCUUUGGCAGGUUUGGUAUGUGCCCUUGUAGAGUUUGUAGCAUCGGAAUCGGCAAGAAACGCAAUGCAAUUGCCGAACACUUUGGGAGAACCUAUGAAGGUUUAUGAAUUGAAUAAUGUACCUCAUCCAGAGAGAAAGAAGAAGUCUAACAACAAAAAGGCUAAUAAUAAUAUGCAAUACAGUAAAGGAUUCAUUUCUGAGUCUGAUUAUAUUAGUUCAUCUUGUCAAAGUGGAUCAGAAGCUGAGGAAAUUAGGAAAUUUGAUCCAAGAGGUAAAAUGCGUAGAGGUUCCUCAGCCCACUUCCCAUCCCGUUUCAUUGAACCAGCCGCCUGGCUCCAAAGACGCCUAUCAGCUUCAUCUACAGAAGCCAAUUUCCUCUACAUGCCCCGUAGACUUUCGUACAGUUCCAGAGACUCGAGCGAUUCCAGCCUAUUCUUACCACGUAGAAUGAGCGCUUGCAGCAUUUCCAGCAACGACAGCUUCCACAACAGAAGAAUGUCCUCGGUCAGUCAAAUAUCCGAGGCACCGUCUAACCGUUCCAGAAGUAACAGUUCGGCAUUCCAGAAUGCCGAGAACGUUUUGAGAUUGCCCAAAGGACCCGAUGGUAGUAGAGGAUUUUGUAGGCAGAAGCCCAGCCUUCCAACUGUAGUACAGUAAGAGUUUUUGAGUAUAGUUUUUAGUGGUUUUGUAUUUCUGUAAGGAUUUCGAUUUUUGAUAGUGUGAUAAGCCAAAAAGUUCUGGUCUUUUUAUGAAAAGAGUAUUUUUGUUAGAAUAUCUGCGCGAAGUGUUUUUUAAGAAUUGAGCGACAAUAAUUAUCAGAUUCUCAAUACCUACGCGACGUAAGUAUCUUAUAUACAAACUUUUCACUUCCUUUAUCUUUUCAAAUAACUUAAAUUUAAUUUCAAUUUCCGCUAUAAUUAAUUUAAAGUGAAAGCGCGUAAAAAUUUGAUUGAUUUUUCAAUACCAUAAAUUUAUACAAAAAUCUAUAUUCCCAUGAUGUAGAUCCAAUUCAAGGCAAAAUUUAAAUCAGGCUUGACAUUUUAUGUUUAUAACAACCAUAAAAUACCCAUUGAUGGGUAGGUAGGUAAUCCAAAUAAUCGACACGUAAUUUAAUUACUGAUGUUCCGUUUUAAUCUCAAGGUGAAAACAAUACGAUUUAUUAUUAUUAUUUUUGUCUAAGUGCAAUUUGUUAUAAAAUUUGCAAUACGAUCAAGGUUAAUAGUGUGCGAGAAUGAUUUUUUACGUUUCUAGUCCAAGAGCGGUUUGUUUCGUGUUCAAUCUAAUAAAUUAUCAUGUUUGUUUAAUUUUUAUGGUUUAAAUAUUUUGUUUCUCUUAGAAAAGGUUUGUCAUGGAAUAGUUUUGGUAUAUUUAUUCCUUCGAAACUCAGAUCUUAUUUUAUGAUAGAAGGAACACCCUUAUUUCUUCUGCAAUGAGGAUAGUUUUCGACAAUAUAUAAAUUUUAUGAAAAAUCUCGUAUCUAUGUUAGUCCAGGUUCACAUAAAGUAUGUGACAAAUUUUGAUUUUGAAAAGAAAAUAUAUCUUUUGGCCAUUUUGGCCAGUUAUCUUAUCAUUGGGUUUCAUUACCCAUUGAUCCAACUCACCCAAAAAAAUCCUUUGCUACAUCAAAGAACGAUCAAAAAUACAAAACAUACAUAUGUUGCUCCUAUAAUAUUGAAACUAUUUGAUUUUUUCAGGAAUACUAAACGGAAUCAAAGAGCCUUUGUCCUUUUCGUCUCACCAUAGAAAAAUCCGCUAAACUAUAUCAAGGUUUUCAAAUUAGUCCACAAAUGACAUCAUAAUAAUUUCUAUAGAAUGAUUUGUGAUGGGUUCUGAAUCAUUUUUCGUUCACUUACUGUUCUUGAGAACCUUGAAAGCAGGGUUCAAUGAAUUUACCGGAUCAAGUGCUGACCCAAAAAGCGUGCUCUUGGUGCCAUGGUAAACUGGGUAACAAGAAAAAGUAGUGGGUACCAACUAACAGAUGAAAUUGAUUCUGUUUAAUAUUUUUAAUAAUUAAUUAGUAGAUAUGCUUUAAAUAUCCUUUUACGUUUUAUAUAUUUAUUUCACGCAAUAUGACAUAUUUUUUGAUGCAAAUUUACAUUAGAAGUAUUUUCCAAUGUUCGUAUGUAGCAUACACAUUAUUUGACUCGAAAAACAAUAAUUAGAUCAGAAGCCCAGUUCAAAACAUUUUUUUUUAAACUAAAGCCAAUAGGUAACGGUUUCUCAGGUUGUAUUGAACCCAAAAAGGAAAAAUUAAUUCUUGCACUCAAUUAACCAAAACCAAUUGCAAAGGCGCUGGUUCGGUUGGUUCUCGUCCUACAUUUCAAAUCUAGAUGCUUUCACUUCAAGUUCACAAACGCGAGACUCGUUUACCAAUUAAAUUUAAAAAAUAUAUGUUUUUAUAGAAAAUAGAAAUCUUUAAAUGAAAAUUAUGAAUCGUUUCUGAUAUGCUUCGGCAUUUUUUUAAAAAUUAACCACUAGAUUUGUGAAGGGAACGUUCAAAUCUCGACAGAAAGUAUGGAUAUGGUAAAAAAUCAAUCUUGAUUUUAUAUGCUGUUUGCAAUAGAAACAUUUAAAAAUUAACUUGGAUCGCCUUUUCAUGGUGGGUAUUUAUUAUUUGAAGAUUUCACUGAAGGCAACAAGGUAAAUAUGCAAAAAACCCUGUUUCCCAGGAUUUUUAUUUUCAAUUUCUCCUGUUAACAAAUUUUUAUUCAAAAAACUAAACAGAACAAAAUCUAUUAGUAUUAUCCGACUACUCCCUACAUUCCACCAUGGAACGUUUUACGAAUAAUGAAAUGCGCUUCAAAACCGUAUCUAAAAUACAUUCUAUUUACGUACAAGCUCUACUACUUUCUAUAAAAUUUGUUUGGCUUCGAUAUGCCUUAGGAGAAAGCUUAUAUACUUACAAUCCGUAUUAAAUUAGGCAUAAAGUAUGCUUGUCUUUUACUAUCGCCUUUCUUUUUCGAACUGUUUAUUUUUUACUUUUUAGACUCUUGCUUGGCAAUAAUUUAAUAUUUUUUUUAUAUACUCACCUACCUAUUUAUGAUUUCUCUUUCAUGAUUGAUGAUGAUGUAUUAUCGCUCGAUUCAUUUAAAUACUAUUUUGUAUCUGUUUUGUUCUAAAAGCAGUCCGAUUUAGUUUUGUUAGCUUAUUUGUCUCUUUUUUAAGGCUUUAUUGAAUUGUGUCUUAUUUUUUUUUUUGCUCUUAGGUACCUAGUAGUAGUUUAAUUUUAAAUAAUUAUUAUUUUUGAUCUAACAUUAGUAAUCACUCACUAAAAACUAAUAUUUAGAUCAAUAAUGAUAAUGUUCUAUGAAAAAGGAUUAAACUUUUACUCCCUAUUUCUUUCUUUGUAUAUAGAGUUUAUAUUUAUUGUACUUAUUUAUUUUUAUUUUAGUUAAUAAAUUUACUUUCAAAAAAU